AUGGCAGAUCAUAUGGAUGAGCCUCCGGUGAAGCGGGCGAAGGUGCGGGAUGUAUCCUCUGAAGUCAUCUCAACCACACUCGAUCAGAUGUUCGAUCUGGAAAAUCAUCUGCCGGACGAAUUAAUGGGCGAUAAUGCGUGGGUGGAUUCGCUGAGUGGUGGCAAUAAACCGACUGGUCCGGGACCGGGCUCGCAAAUGAAUGGUGACGACCCGGGCGGGGGAACCUCCAAUGUUCCACCUCAGCAACAAUUGCAACAGCAGCAACUACACCAUCUUAUGCAGCAGCAACAACAGGUAUGAUGUUCGUAGAACAAAACUAUGUCGGGACAGCCAAUGCUAGCGAUGGGACCACUCGGAAGCAGUAAGAGUCCUGGAGGAGUCGGUGGUGGCGGUAUGCUCUCGCCGAUAAACCAGGCGAUGGCCAACAACGUAGGAGUGAACACGAUGGCGACUGGCGCAAUGCUGGGGAUGGGAGGAGGUGGCAUGGGGCAAAACAGUGCCGGUGGUGGUAAUGGCGCAGGCGGUACGGUGAUGCCAAAUACCAUGGGGCUAAGCGGUAGCGUUAUGUCCGGAGCAGGGACAACUGGGCUGCAGGUGUUGAACAACAAUGCGCGACAAGGGACAAACGCAUCGAAUCCGUCAGGGCCACCACCUGGAAUGAUGCAUCAGAUGUCAAAUGCGCUUCAAAAUGGCCCAAUGGGCAAUCCGCGAUUGAGCGUCGUAACAAAUGCUACAGGCAUGGCACCACGGCCACCAAUAAGUCACAUGAACUCAGGGCUCAGGCAGCUGGUCCAGCAACAGCAGCAGGGCCAUAGCGUGGCUACAAUCGGCGGUCAAAUGGGUCAGAUGGGCAACGUUCCCGGUGGUACUCAAUUUGUUGGUUACCAGCCACAACAAAACGUAUUAAAUGCGGCGAAUCUGCAACAGCAAGUACGUGGCUCGCCGCCGACGAUGAAUCGUACGCCAAACGUUACGCUGACCAGUCGCAUGAGCAAUCCGUUAACUGCUGGAAACAUGGGACCGACGGGUGGAAGCGCACCGAUGAGCAUUCCCACUGAUAGUGGCGUUUCGCCGCUAUCAUCUUCUUCGUCGUCUUCUACUUUUUCUUCUUCCUCCACAUCUGCGUCCAACGUUGUUGGUCUGCAACAACAAGGGAGUGGUAAUCCUGGUGCUCCUCAAAUAAGAUCUCUACCGGGUGGCCAAAAUCAACCACUGAGCCAGAUGAACGUUAAUGUAGCUCCCGGUGUGGGCAGUGCUGGAGUAGGUAGUACCGGUGGUUCAAGUGGUGGACCCACAAUCACUGGCCCUGGAAAUCCUCUCCUAGCAGAUCCAGAGAAGCGAAAACUUAUACAGCAGCAACUGGUUCUGCUUCUACAUGCACAUAAGUGUCAGCGUCGCGAAGCUGAAAAUCCGGCCAGCAAUAAUUGUGCCCUUGCGCAUUGUCGCACUAUGAAGGAGGUCCUAACGCAUAUGCAGUCGUGUCAACUUGGUAAAAAUUGCCCCAAAACGCACUGCUCCUCGUCUAGACAGAUAAUAAAUCACUGGAAAAAUUGCACGCGCCAGGACUGCCCAGUGUGUUUACCACUGCGUGAUACGAAUAAAUUAAAACAGAGUCAAUUGUCCCAACAACAGCAGCACGUGGGUCAGCAGCAGACAUCCCAACAAUCACAAUCUCAGCACCAACAAUCUCACCCGCAGCAGCAACACCCUUCACAGUUGCAGCAGCCUCAACAGUUAAUGCAACAGCAAGACCAACACCAGCAACUGCAACAGCAGUUGCAGCAGCAAAUAACGCAACAACAACAAGAAGUUCUGCAACAUCAUAUACAGCAGCUGCCCCAAAAGCAACAGCAACUGCUAUUACAGCAACAGCAAGAUCAACAACAAAAAGAACACAAGCAACAUCAACAACAAUUACAAAAGAUACAACAACAGCAAGGACAACCUCAGUUAGGAGCGCAUCAAGAUAAAGACCAACAACCGCAACAGCUUGCACCGCAACUCCAAUCGCAGCAACAACCACAGUUACUUCAAUCUCAUUCAAAGCAUCCACAGCAGCAAAUGCAGCAUAACAUACUGCAGCAGAAAAAGGUUCAAAUGCUCCUUCAGCAACAGCAGAAACAGGAUCAAAUGCUACAAAAAUCAUACUCACAACAGCCACAGAUUCAGACACAUCAACAGCAACAGCAUUCACAACAGAUGAGCCAUCAAUCGCAGCUACAACAACAACCAUUGAUCCCACAGCAGCAGCAACAAAUCCUGUUGCAGGAUACAAAAACAUCACUUCUAACGCAGCGUCAGGUGCAGCAAACGCAGAACCAACCGCUACAACAACCUCAACAAUCACAGUCAAUCGUCCAACAACAGCCGCAGCAGACGCAAGGAACACAAUCCCACACGCAGUCAUCGCAACAGCAGCAACAAAAUGUGCUUUCAUCCGCCUCCAGUCAACAUGAGCAAAAGCAACUUUUGCAUCACCAACACCCACAGAUGAUAUCUUCUCCGCUCCAGAAGCAUCAACAAGUAGAGCAAAGAAAGGACCAAGAUCAGCCGAAAAUUCACCAGCAGUUGCAGGACGAACUCCAAGAACCACAAAACCAACAAAAGCCCCAUGAGCAAGGUGAUAAAUCGAAACAGCAACAGCAACAGCAUCCAACACAAUCAAUGUUGCAAGAACAACAGCCAGCUAGUGACCUCAUGCGUUCUCAGGAAUUGAUGCAAGGUGCUCAAUCGGACGAUAAGCAGCAGCAACACUUGAAAUCAGACGACUCUGGUUUGAAGCAGACAGAUCAGCAAAUCAAAGAACAAGAGCAACAACGUUCCGAGAAACUGCUGCCAGUUUCAACACAACAAGAUCAGCAACCACAGGGAGACACCAAACAACAACAGGAGCAACAACAACAAACGCUGACCAAGGACAUCGUGGAGCAACAAUCGGCAAAGCAGCUUUACCGUCAACAGACAGAACAGCCAGGGCAAAGUGCUCAGGACCAGAAAGAUUUACAUUCCACUCCCAAGAAUUCAACGCAUCAAGAGCACAACACAACUAUGAAAGAACAAGAGCAAAAGAAAGAGAUGCUGAAAAACGAAGUAUUUGCUGCCGAAAGUCAGAGUGGCGGUCAGUCAAGCAAUAAAGAAACGACAGAAAAGAACCAAGAAGUUCAACCGGAAAAGACUGGCAAUAAUGGAGUAGUGGAUAAACAGGAAAAACGUGAUACACUUGCUCAGCAGGAUCAAUCGGAUGUGAUAGAACAAAGCGACCUGCAGGUUGAUGGUAGUUGCGACAAGCAAAAAUUGCUCGAUUCGCAAGAAGAUAAUCAGCAUGCCCUGCACGAUCAAGAGAAUCGCUUGGAAACUAGCGAACUUCAGGAUAAGCAGAAGCAUCAAGAUAAGCAGGAGCACGUCGAGAAAGUUGAUCUUACUGAACAGGCGGACGGACGAAGUAAGGAAUCAAUGGACACAUCACAGGGUUUGUGCGGUAUCGUUAGUAGCAGCUUCCAAAAGCAAAAAGAGCAAUCGUCUGAAAAGUCAGAACCCUGUCAUGGUUUAGAUUACAAGGACAAGAAGCAACUACACGAGCAAGAACCGAGAGAUAAACCAACAACAGUAGCAGCAGUUGAUUCAAUGGAGGUAGACCAAUCGUUGGAUGCAUCCGAGCAGCUGUCGGAAAACAAACGGGAUAACCAUCACCAAGGGACUUUAACAUCAACUUCCGAUAAAAAGAAUCACAACCAAGUAAAAGAAUCAGUAUUGGACCAGUCUGAAACGCAACAGCAUAAGGACCAACAUGAAGGACCAUUGUCUGAGCAAGACAAGCACCGUGCAGAUCUACUUCCUCUGUCAUCUGCGUGUGAUUUACAACAACAGCAGCAGGACCCAAAGCAGCACGAGCUGCAGGAAGGGUCAGAGAAGCCUACACAUCUCUUUCAGUCGAAAAUGACGCCAAAGUAUCACAGCGAGCAGCCGGAAUUGUCAAAAUCACAGCAGUUGCCGGUUCCACCAGUGAAAAUGUCAAAAGACGAGCAACAAAAAACUGAUCAUCACCAAUCUAUGCAAGAUGACAAAAUGCACAACGAUUCGCAGUCACUCGAUCAACAAGAAAAACAACACUCUAAGCCUCAAGAGGCACAGUUACAAGCAGAGGACGCAAAACAGCAACCAGAUCAAAACUGCUUGAAGCAAGAAAACCAGGAGCCGGAAUCGCUGUUGAUGGACGUAGAUCAAGAACCGGCAAUGUUGCAACAGGGAAAAGGAGUAGAAACUCAAUCGAAAACAAAUAUGCAACAGCAUCAAGCUUCAUCGGCGGAUCACGAUCCAUCAAUAAUGGUGUCUCACGAGCAGCAAGAGCAAUCGAAGCAAGAGAAGUGCAAAGAAAAGCAAACGUCUUCUCCACAGCAGCGACAACAGAUGCUGUCGGAGCAGCAACAGAAACAAGACCAGCAGCAAUUGAAACCCUUAACGCCGCUCUCCUCCCCACAACAACCCAAGUUGAACUUGCAACAGCAGCAGCAACCGAAAUUGCAACAGUCGCAUUUUCCCAAACAAGAACAGCACCAACAAUUACCGCCUUCGCAGCAAGCGCUUCAAAAUCAGCAGCAGCUUCAGCUUCAGCAACAGCAUCAACAUUUGCAACUUAAUCAGCAAAAACAACAACCUCAGCAGCAACAGCUUCUUUUGCUGCAACAGCUUCAACAACAAUCUGAAAGUCAACAACUUCAGUUGCAACAACAAAAACAAGCUCAGCAGCAACAACAAGACCAACAAUCAGAUCAACAACAGCAACACGAGUCACUGAUAUCUGUGCCACAGCAAUCGCCAUCGCCACUAUCCAACAUGCAAGCUAAUCAUCUCAAUAUUUUACCUUCUGCGUGUUCUGCGGGGGGUAGUGUUCUCAUAGCAACUUCCCAGCAAGAAGGAGUUCAAGAUCAGCAUCAUGUUCUCAUCCAAGGAGGCAAUAAUACAGCAUCAGACGCUGUUGUGGGACCUUCGCGUCCCUUCAAUCAUCUUGUGCCCUCGCCCACCCCAGGUAAUCUGUCAUCGCAACAACAACAGAAUCCGAUGGGAGGAGCAGGAGGCAUCGGUGGUAGUAUUAGAAGUAUGGCGGGGGUUCAAUGCAGCGCCAAUACGGGAUCAGUGAGGCUCAUGAUGCCACCAAAUCAAAUAGUGCCUACCAACAACAACAACAGUAACACCAGCAACAACAGCGGUAACAUGAUGCAAAGUGCAUCUACUAACGAUGCCUGCGGUGGUGGUAUGCUCCCUUCGGCUUGCCUAGCAGUGAAAUCUCAAAAUAAUAGUACAAAUCAAAGUAUCACAGUGAAUGCCGCAAUGCAGCUACAGCAAUCGCAUAACAAUCUAUCACAGCCGGGAACGUCCAGUCAACAGACAAACGUUGUUCAACAAAAUACGCCCAUUAUUCCAAUGCCGAGCAGCAAUAAUCAGUUGCUAUUCAGUAGUGCAGAUGGCAGCGGUCAGCAAAUGCCAGGUGUUAGUGGGAUUACUGCAGUUACGACCUCACUGGCCAGCAGCGGAGCAGUCUGCAACACUACCACGACGGGUCUUCAAACAAUGACAGCCGGAGGAAUAAACGCUUCGACUGGAGGUGGUGGUAGUAGCAGUGGUGCCGGAAACUUCCCUUCAAAUACUAUGAUUGCGGUGCCAGUACAGGGUACGAAGGAUUGGCAUCAUUCUGUUACUCCUGAUUUGCGCAAUCAUCUCGUGCACAAGCUUGUACAAGCUAUCUUUCCAUCACCUGAUCCUUCGACGAUGUUCGAUAAAAGAAUGUAUAAUCUGGUAGCGUAUGCGAAAAAGGUUGAAGGCGAUAUGUACGAGAUGGCAAACUCACGUUCCGAAUAUUAUCAUCUUCUUGCGGAAAAGAUUUACAAAAUUCAGAAAGAACUCGAAGAGAAACGCCAGAAACGGAAAGAGCAGCAAAUGCAAUUGCAGCAGCAACAACAGCAGCAGCAACAACAACAGCAACCAGGUCCGAGUCCUAACAGUAUCGUUCACGGCGUAAAUAGUUUGAGUGGCACUGGUAGUGUCAGCAACACCGUCGUACUGCCAGGCGGACUUUCACCAUUCGGCCAACAACAGCAACAACCUAAUAUGAACAAUCACGCGCCCUCACAACCGACACCCCAAACAAUGGGAGGGCCGCAAGGCGGUGGACCGUCCAACCAACCUUUUCUGAAUGGACCAACCAUGUCGGACAACUCCCAGCUUCAACAAUUCAACGACAUCGUUCGUGCCAAGUGUGCCAAUUUGGCUGGUGGUGGCGGCAUUGGAGGAGGCAACAUUCAGCUCGCUGGUACUGGACUGCCGGUGUCCCUAGGUAAUAAUCAAGCGAUGACAAUGCCUCCAGCCAUCUCUUCUGCCUUUGGCAGUGGUGGUAGUAACGUUCCGCCGAACAAUGUUACCAUAGGCGGAUCGCAGCCUCCAAAUACGGGCAGCAAUGUGACGGGAGCAGUUGUAGGACCAGGAAGCGCUGGUAUGUUCCCGAACGCUCAGCUAACGGUUGGCAGUCCGAUGCUAAGUACUGGCGGCGCAGCAAACUGCGCGGCGUUGACAACACAACAACGAAGCAUGGCCAUUAUGUCUGCUAACCUAGGAGGCGGUGGUUCUGCUGUAGUUGCAGGUAUUGGAAGCUCCGAAUUGCUCGGAAACACUUCGUCCUAUUGUGGUGGGGUAGGUGGAUUAACGACAAACAGCACCACCGGUCCACCGUCUAACGGUCUCAUUCUUGGACAAACGCCCGCAAUCGCCAGUAGCAGUAUCUCUGCAUCAAGCGUAGUAGUUCCGCUUUUACUUGCCACCUCUUCAGAAGCUUCCGAUUCACAAAUGGUGGUCGCCGCAUCGACAUCGAAUACUCCGCUUAACUUAACUCUCUUGACGUCUUCGACUUGCACCACGCACAACAACUCAAUAACACUUAAUGGAGCUGGUGGCGGCGGAUCAACUGCAACCACACCUUCAACUACAGCGCCUAUCUCAUCUAUCGCAUCGACAACAGCGGUCACUGCCCCGCAAAACAACUCCUCGUUUAGUAGUAGCAGCAUGGCGACAACAAAUGGAAGCAGUGGGAGCUUAUUAAAUGCUAGCGGUUCAAGCCGCAGUGGGUGCUCAUCGUUCAGCUCCCAGAUGGCUGCGCUCGAAGCGGCCAUGGCCCGUGACAAGGAUGACUCGCCCGAACCUUGCAGCGUGAAAGAUGGCGGGGUCAACAGUGUUGGUAAAAAUAAAGGAAAACUGGGAUUAAAGCGUGAGGAUGACAUGCGCUCCGACACUGAUAGUAACCACAUGGACACCUCGGCUGGCAAUGAUCAGGUCGGCGGCGGCAGUGGCGGUGGAAAAAGCGUCAACAGUGAAUGCAUGAGUAUAAGUGCUGAUUGUAAGACUGAAAUGAUCGACAGCGGCGAUGGUAGCAGCGGCAGUGGCAAGAACAAGCUCGAUGUGGUCAAGUUCAAGGAAGAACCGAUGUCACCAUCGGUAAGUCCGAUGAACAUGGUCGUCAAAACGGAAAUAAAAUCCGGCAUCUACCCAGAGCCGACCAUCCAGACGAAUGCCAGUGAUAAUAAGAAAAAAUGCUCAUUCAAACCGGAAGAACUUCGAGAAGCGCUGGUACCGACGUUGGAGAAAUUAGUUGCUCAGGAACCGGAAUCAAUUCCUUUUCGCAUGCCGGUUGAUCCUAACUCGCUGGGCAUACCAGACUAUUUUGAUAUAGUGCGUCAACCGAUGGAUCUCAGCACAAUUCGUCAAAAAUUAGAAGGCGGUCAGUACCACGAUCCGCGCGAAUAUGUCGAUGACGUGUGGCUGAUGUUUGAUAACGCUUGGCUCUACAAUCGGAAAACAUCACGCGUUUAUAGAUACUGCACGAAGCUAUCGGAGGUCUUUGAGCAAGAAAUUGAUCCCGUAAUGCAGUCUUUGGGGUAUUGUUGCGGUCGAAAGUACACGUUCAAUCCGCAGGUCUUGUGUUGUUACGGCAAGCAAUUGUGCACUAUUCCGCGUGAUGCAAAGUAUUAUAGCUAUCAAAAUCGAUACACCUACUGCCAGAAAUGUUUCAACGAGAUUCCAGGUGACACGGUAACGCUUGGCGACGAUCCGAUGCAAUCACAGACCCAAAUAAAGAAAGAUCAGUUCAAAGAAAUGAAAAACGACCAUUUGGAGCUGGAACCGUUUGUCGAUUGUCUUGAUUGCGGCCGAAAGCAGCACCAGAUUUGUGUACUGUACCUCGAAACAAUAUGGCCCGGUGGUUUCGUUUGCGAUGCUUGCUUGAAGAAGAAGGCUCAAAAGCGCAAGGACAACAAAUUCAAUGCAAAGCGGCUGCCAACCUCCAAGCUCGGCACGUACAUUGAGACACGUGUAAACAAUUUCCUGAAAAAGAAGGAAGCUGGUGCCGGCGAAGUACACAUCCGCGUCGUAUCUAGCUCGGAUAAGCUAGUGGAGGUGAAGCCGGGUAUGCGCAGCCGGUUUGUGGAAUGCGGUGAGAUGUUGCCUGAGUUUCCGUACCGCGCUAAGGCAUUAUUUGCCUUCGAAGAGGUGGACGGAAUCGAUGUUUGCUUCUUCGGUAUGCACGUGCAGGAGUACGGCUCAGAGUGUGCACCACCGAAUACAAGGCGCGUGUACAUUGCUUACCUCGACUCAGUGCACUUCUUCCGACCACGACAAUAUCGGACGGCCGUUUAUCACGAGAUACUACUCGGCUACAUGGAUUAUGCUAAGCAACUCGGUUACACGAUGGCCCACAUCUGGGCCUGUCCACCGUCGGAAGGCGAUGAUUACAUAUUUCACUGUCACCCGCCGGAGCAGCGUAUUCCAAAGCCAAAGCGCCUGCAGGAAUGGUAUAAGAAAAUGUUGGACAAGGGUAUGGUAGAGCGCACGAUACAGGAUUACAAGGACAUUUUAAAGCAGGCGAUGGAAGACAAACUACAAUCAGCGUCGGAGUUGCCGUAUUUUGAGGGAGAUUUUUGGCCGAACGUGUUAGAAGAAAGUAUAAAAGAGCUGGACCAGGAAGAAGAGGAAAAGCGCAAGCAGGCGGAACGCGAAGAAGCUGCUGCCAAUGCGAUGCAGAUGUCAAUGAACGAAGACAGUGAUACUGUUGCUGAUGGUAAGAAGAAAGGCCAGAAGAAGGCGAAAAAGUCUAACAAAUCUAAGGCGGCUCAACGGAAGAGUAACAAAAAAACAAACGAACAAAAUGGGAAUGAUCUCAGCGCAAAAAUUUUUGCCACAAUGGAGAAACAUAAAGAGGUGUUUUUUGUCAUUCGUUUGCAUUCUGCACAGUCGGCUGCUAGCCUUGCGCCAAUACAAGAUCCGGAUCCGCUUAUCAACUGUGAUUUAAUGGAUGGUCGAGACGCCUUUUUAACACUCGCCCGGGACAAACAUUACGAAUUCUCGUCACUGCGCCGCGCUCAGUUCAGCACUCUUUGUAUGCUUUACGAGUUGCAUAAUCAGGGUCAGGAUAAAUUUGUCUACACGUGCAACUAUUGUAAAAAUCACGUUGAAACACGUUAUCACUGUACGGUCUGUGAUGAUUUCGAUUUGUGCAUAACGUGCAAGGAAAAGGUUGGACAUCCGCAUAAAAUGGACAAAUUAGGAUUCGAUCUCGAUGACGGUUCAUCUCCGACGGAUGUGAAGCAAACAAACCCGCAGGAAGCGCGUAAACAAUCCAUCCAGAGAUGCAUUCAGUCGCUGGUUCACGCGUGCCAGUGUCGCGACGCCAACUGCCGGUUGCCAUCGUGCCAAAAGAUGAAGCGUGUAGUGCAACACACUAAGCACUGCAAGAGGAAAACGCACGGUGGCUGCCCGAUUUGUAAACAGCUGAUUGCACUCUGUUGCUACCACGCCAAGCACUGCCAAGAGGCCAAAUGCCUGGUUCCAUUCUGUCCCAACAUCAAACAUAAGCUUAAGCAGCAACAGCUCCAACAGAGAUUGCAGCAACAACAACUUCUUCGUCGGCGUAUGGCCGUAAUGAAUACGAACCGCAUGGGUGCCCCUACUCCCCAAAUCA